UCUUCGUGCCAAGUGGUGUGUCCGAGUGUGAAAAUUUUGGGUGAAAAUUCGCUCAGUGCAAAAACAUCACCGAUACCGGCAAGCCGGGCAGCCCGAGAGCGCAGUGUACUCACAGCCCCGUGGAAAAUUCCACUGAUGUUACUCAACAACAACGUCCUGUGCCGGAUCACUGCAGCUGCAUUACGGGUUCAUUGUGCGUACGGGAAGCACUCCUACUGCCAAAGCACUUUUACCAGUCGGCCAAUACAGAACCAGUGCCAGGGCCAGAACAAUCAGCAGUAUUUAGCUAAAGCAUUUUCAAGCCUUAACGGAAAAAUGGUGAAACAAGGACCACGUCCGCUCGUCAUCUGUGGCCCAUCGGGUUCGGGCAAGAGCACGCUGCUGAAGAAGCUGUUCAAGGAGUUUCCGGACACGUUCGGAUUCAGCGUUUCACACACCACUCGCAAACCACGGCCAGGAGAGGAGAAUGGCGUCCACUAUCACUUUGUCUCGGUGGAAGAGAUGCAGUCCGCUAUCGAGAAGGGCGAGUUUAUUGAAACGGCAGUAUUUAGCGGCAAUAUGUACGGUACCAGCAAAAAGGCAGUAGAAAACGUACAGCACCAAGGUAAGGUGUGUGUGUUGGACAUUGAAAUCGAGGGUGUGAAGCAGAUUCGCAACUCGGACCGCUUGAACCCACUGCUGGUGUUUGUGAAUCCACCCUCGAUCGAGGAGCUGGAGCGCCGGUUGCGCGGACGUCAGACGGAGACGGAGGAAAGUUUACAGAAGCGUUUAAACACGGCACGGAAAGAGAUUGAAUACGGUACGGAAGUGGGCAACUUUGAUGUCGUCGUACAGAACAACAACCUGAAGCAAGCGUACGAGGAUCUGCGCAACUUUAUCGUUCGGGAACUGGAAACUCAACAAGGCCAAGAUGUAUUUCUUGUCACGUCAUUGGUUAGCAAUUACAAGUCUCGUGAGGUUUAA